GUUAGAGGGCGGUGCCACAGCUGCUUUGUGUUUAGCUUAGCUUUGGAUCAAAUGAGACAAUUGAAAUGAACAAACGUUAUGGGACAAAAUAGUUUGACGUUUAAGAGCGUCUCCAUUGGUCCGCUGUUGCCCCGCCCCCAGAUCCUCUCACACCUCUGUGUUGCCAGGGAGAGGACACACACACACACUGGUGUCACUGCGUGCACCAGCUGGUCCAGAACACAAUUUGGGCGGGGGGCAUGUCAAAUGUUCUUUGGACCAAUGAGAAGUCUUUGUCGGGGCGGGAAGCGGCGAGAUGACACCAAAUGCACGAAGAGGUCCGGACGGUCAAGAGCCAGGACCAGAUCUCUGCUGGACCCAAGGAGGACAGGAAGCCACUGAGUGUCACAUGAACGCAGGCCCCGACGUGCCGGUCCGGGUGGUCCCCCCACAACUGAGUCGAGCGAUGCUGCUGGGAACGGCGAAACACCUGCUGGACAACAGAGAACUUUCUAGCGUGUCCAUUGUGGCUCAGGCUGAGAGAGAAGACUUCCAGGAGUUCAGCCCGACUGACAUCUCUGACUCGCAAUGUCACCUGCUGGCAAUGCGUGUUCACCAGGGUGCCGGUGCUGCACAAGCCGAGGACGGCCUGAUACUCCCACACCGACAUCGACACAGGAAAGUCCAAAGACCAGCAAACUUUCAAGAAGUCCAAGACACUGAUUGGUCCAAAGCACCUGAUGACAUCAUACCCCCGCCCACUCAGUUUAAGGACUCACAACCCCUUGUGGAGUCGCUUCACGAUGGCGCCACAGAUGUGCAUGACGCGUCGUCAUCAGAGAGUCCAGACGACCUGUGCAACAGCAGUGCCACAUCCGAAUCCCAAAGCGACGACUCGGACUUGUCACGCUGCAGCUUCGAUGUUUCACAUUUGACCUUUGACCCCUCCUUGUUAGGCCAUAGUGGGGAUGGGUCCGCCCACUCGCCAUCACACACCUGUCUGAACACCAACGUGGCGCCGUUAUCAAAACUCUCGCUUUGGCCUUUCGUCAUCCAUCAGAAAACACGCCCCCUGCUGAUAUCCUCGUCGUCAUCAUCUUCAUGUCCUCACCAAGGAUUCUUAUUACACAAUAAACUGCGGCCCAGCAGCUGGCGCUACCGUGAGGGAGAGGAGUACAGUGUGCUUCGUCACAUCCACAGUGGGUCCUACGGAGACGUGUUGUGCGUGCGGGACAAGACGAGCGGCUUCACGUGCGCCGCCAAGAAGCUUCCUCUCAGUCGCUUCAACCAGGAGGAGGUGACGGCGUGGAGCAUCCUUGACUCUCCUCACGUGGUCCGGCUCUUUGGGGCUGUGAGAGAGGGGCCCAACGUGGUGCUCUUUAUGGACCUGAAGCCAGCUAGUCUGGCUCAGCUCAUGCGAACGGCCGGCGUCCUCCCCGAGGAUUUGGCCCUGCACUUCCUGCACCAGUCACUGGGGGCGCUUCAACACCUGCACCACAGAAAGGUCCUUCACCUGGACGUCAAAGUGGACAACGUGCUGCUGUCUGCUGACUGCACACAAAUUUUCCUGUGCGACUUUGGACUGUCCCGCAUGCUGGACGACAGCGGACACAGCACCAAAGACUUCAUGGGAGCGGCCUUCCCUGGCACAGAGACCCACAUGGCCCCCGAGGUGGCGCGCGGGGACCGCCUGAGCGCCAAGGUGGACGUGUGGAGUAGCUGCUGCAUGCUUCUGCACAUGAUGACUGGCCGCCACCCGUGGCUGCGCCGUUACUCCCAGCCGCUGUGUCUCCACAUUGCCAACGAGCCUCCGCCCCUGUGGGAGGUGCCGUCCGGCUGCAGCAAGUUGACGGUGAAGGUGUUCUGGGCCGGACUGCAGAAGAACCCCGACAGGCGGGCGUCAGCAAGCCAGUUGAGGAGGAACACCAACAAGGCCCUCAGAGCAGUUGGUGGUCUGAGUCAUGCAUCCAUCCAAUGGGCCUGCGACAAGCUACGGGACAGUAGCGCCACCCACUCUGCCUCGCUGGACACAAGAGCUCCCACAAUGCACUGGGUGAGCCCUUGGAGAACCACGGCGAUGGACGAGGAUCACGAUGAGGCGGAUUUGCUCACUUUGGAGCGGGAAUGCCGGCCGAGGUCUCUGCGGGAUGAACGUGACUGGAAUGCGGAUUCCGACGUAGACCUUUACACAGGAGAGGACAAAGGUGUCGGGGACAUGUGGCUGAGGACGGACGUGGACUAUGAAGGGGACUGGGAGGACGAGGGAGACGAGGGGGAGGAGGAGGAGGAGGAGCAGGAGGAAGAGUCCACACAAUAUCGCCGAGCACUCCGAGGAUUUUUCCCUCUGCUGCGGCAAGGCCAGGAGACGCGUCACAAUUGGCGAGGAUCAGACAGUGAGCUGGAAGACCUCCGAGAUGCAGGUGUGGACCUCGGGGCUGACAUGCGGACCCCCUCACCGGAGCCACGAGAUGACCCCCCCUCCUGUUUCAGCAGCUCGUCGCAGGCCGGUGCCUCAGACAAGGACUCGGAGUGCUCGUCCGAUGACCUCAGCUUGGGGGUCUUCUCUUCCUGCGGCGGCCGUAUGGAGCUUUUGGGGUGGACGCAUGGGUGCCCCUCGCGCUGCUUUGAAGGCGUGGACUUGUGGAUCGAGGACGCCCAAGGGGAGUGUCUAAGGAUUAGGGAACGUCAGCUUGUCCAAGUGGGACAUGUCGCCGUUGGAAUCAGCGAGCAGGUGUCAAUGACUGCUUUCACCUUGGAGACGCUAGACAGUAAGUUGGUGUCCUCCGAAUGGGAGAUCCAGGAGGCUUUCCUGUGGCUUCGCUGUGUACCUGCGCCGGACUCUUGUCAGCGGUGGACAUGGCGAGUUCUCAACGGCACACUGGAGCGACGGCAUUGAGACUUGAAGUUUCACUCCAAAGCAGCAGAGGGCAGCGUCUUACUAGGGGAGGGAAGGUGCCUAUGCUAACUUCCUUAGCAUGAGCUCAAGGUCCUUGCCAGCUGAGGCUGGAGAUACUCAUGGGAAACUGGAUUCUUUUGACUUACUCUAGUUCUCAUUACUCACUCACUGACGUGAAUCGGUUGCUCGAUUCACUCGAGUCACCCGUCACAGAGCGCAUGCUCAGAAACUCGCACAUGGGCAUUAAGUUCCACAUACAAGUGUCCCACAUUUAAUCACGCCCUGACAAUUUAACUAGCGGUGGAGUUUACAGAGUAGCUGUGAGCUCUGAUUCAGUAAAAAACUUGACAGUUUUGAAUGACUCGUUCAUGACUUGCACAUCUCUAGAUGAAGACAUUCAACGAAGCUGUUAGCUAGUAGCUUUACAAUCCAAUUUCAGAUCUGAUCACUUCAGAUCACUUGUUUAUUGUGAGGUUAAAUGUUUGUUUUGCAAAGAUGUCUUUAUUUGCUCUCUGUUGACUUUCUGGAGGAGCAAAAACAACAAGACUUGGUCAAAAGAUGUCUUGUUCUUAAUCAUCAGACAUGUUGGCUGAUGCAUCUCUUUCACUACCUAGCUGGACAACAGAACAAGCAGUUUGUCUUUGUUUAUGAGACAAUAUAUGUAAAAGCUGCUUGAACUCGUCACAAUGUUUUGUGAUCCCAUUUCUAAUUUAGAAAAAUCCUUUUUCUCUUGUUACUUCCUUCUUCUUCAGCUUCCUUCCUUGAAAAACAAGUUGCUCAUUGCAAUGGAAGCUAAUUCAGGAUAGACCAGUUUAUUUGUACACACGAGCGCAUUACAAGACCUCCACGCUUGUUUACUGGCCUCUAACAUCAUCUGCCAUCAUCUUCUACAUUUGACACUUGUAUACAUUCUGCAAACUAAAGUGAUAUUACAGUAAUAUACAAAUAUUCUUUAAUUUAUAUAUUGCAAUAUUAGAAAAAACAUUUUAAGUUGGCAACUACAUUUGUCUAUUUGCCAGUCUGAGCCAC